AUGGAGAAAGAUGAUGGUGAUAAGGCGAGUGGCGAUGGGAAUGUGGAGUCUCCGAGUAAGACCCAGAUCCUGCCUCCGCCGGAGCCUCCCAAGCCUCCGGACGUGGAGCUGGUGGUCGACGGGUUUGGCUUUAUGCCGAAGUCCAUGCAGGCGCAGACCAGACGCACGUCUAACGUGUUCGACAAAUCCGCGAAGUCUCUGAAAGAGAUCAUGCUCCCUGAACCUGAGGAAGGUAAAAGCCCUUGCGCCUCCAGCACGAACAUCGACAUAGUUCGGAGGUACACUUGGAAGACGAAGAAUAGGAUGACAGUUCAGAUAAUAUCGUACGGUGCUACAAUAACAUCUAUACAAGUUCCUGAUAGAAAAGGAGUACCAGAUGAUGUGGUCGCUGGAUUUGACACACUAGAAGAGUACUUCCAACCCCGGAAUCCAUACUUCGGCUCCACCAUCGGGCGGUAUGCCAACCUGAUAGCCGAUGGUACGAUGGUGGUGAGGCCGUCUGGUCGCGUCUACAUGCUCUCCACCAACAAGGGUCACCAUCACUACCACGGGGGAUAUAUCGGUUUUGAUAAGGUGAACUGGCGGUCAUACGUGACGGGAAACAAGGUGGUAAUGACUCACGUGUCUGAACGGUUCUCGGAGGGGUACCCUGGCACGGUGAUGGCGCAGGUCACCUUCGACGUGAGCUGCGACAACACCCUCAAGAUCGAGAUGCGGUGCACCACCAGCGAACCCACCAUCGUCAACCUUAGCAACUCGCCUUACUUCAAUCUUGCUGGACAUCAUUCUGGUCAUGAAACCGUUUACGAUCACAUGUUCACUAUAAACGCUGAUAAAUACACAGCUAUGGAUGAAAAUGGAAUUGUGACAGGCGAAAAGAAGGUUGUAGGCGGCACAGCCUACGACUUCAGGGUGCCAAGAGUGUUAAAGUCGAUGCUCCCUAAGAUACCCCUUGGGGGAUAUGACGUGAACUUCUGUGUCACGCAAGGAACAGAGCAAGAUCUGACAUUCCAAGCUCGAGCUCUCCACCCCGGCACAGGAAGAGUGCUAGAGGUGUACAGCAAUCAGCCUGGGAUGCAGUUUUACACCGGCAACCAGCUUCCUGAUCCGGACAGGAUUGUGGAGAUGCCGGCCGCGGAGGAAGAGGACAAAAAGUCUGAGUCCGGUGGUAGUGAAGCAUCAAGCAGUGAGACGAGUGCAAGAGGUGAAGAGGCGGAAGCGGAGGGAAGCGAGGGAAAAGUGAGCUACGGCUACGUGCCGCUAAAUGGCAAGGGAGGGACAUUCUACAGGAAACAUGGCCUCUUCUGUCUCAUGCCUCAAAACUUCCCAGAUGCUGUCAAUCAUAAAAACUUCCCCAACUCUGUGCUGAAUCCUGGCGAAGUGUACGUGCACAGGAUACAGUACAAAUUCGGCCUCCUCCUCGGAAAGUACGUGUGACUAUUUAUAAAA